AUGGGUGUCGGUAUCCGCGCGCAGCGUCGUGGUGCUGGUUCUGUCUUCAAGUCCCAUACCAAGCACAGGAAAGGAGCUGUUUCCCUCCGCACUUUGGACUUUGCUGAGAGGAAUGGAUACAUCAAGGGAGUGAUCAAGGAGAUCAUCCACGACCCGGGCCGAGGUGCGCCACUGGCCAAGGUGCAGUUCCGCUCCCCCUACUCGUACAAGGUCGAGAAGGAGCUCUUUGCUGCUGCCGAGGGCAUGUACACCGGUCAGUUCAUCUACUGCGGGAAGAAGGCCCAGCUCACCGUUGGCAACGUGCUUCCCCUCUCUGAGAUGCCGGAGGGUACCGUCAUCUGCAACGUUGAGCACGCCGCCGGCAACGGAGGAACCAUGGCUCGCGCUUCGGGCGACUACUGCACCAUCAUGACCCAGGACCCUGACGCCGGCAAGACCCGCAUCAAGCUUCCAUCCGGAGCCCGCAAGACUGUCUCCAACAAGUGCCGCGCGAUGAUCGGAAUCAUAGCUGGAGGAGGACGUAUUGAUAAGCCCAUGUUGAAGGCCGGUACCGCGUACCACAAGUACAAGGCUAAGAGGAACGAGUGGCCCCGUGUUCGUGGUGUCUGUAUGAACCCUGUAGAGCAUCCCUUUGGUGGUGGUAACCAUCAGCACAUUGGUAAGCCCUCCACUGUUCGCCGCGACAAGGCCCACGGUCGCAAGGUUGGUCUCAUCGCAGCUCGCAGAACUGGUCGUCUUCGUGGAGGAAAGGCCACUGCUGCUCUUGCAGAGAAGGCCAAGGAGAAGAAGUAA